GAGGAAGAACAAGAAGAUGAGGAAGAAAUUGAUGUCGUGUCUGUGGAAAAGAGGCAGCCCUCUGCUAGGAGGUCCGAAUCAGGGUCAUCCCCAUCCGGAGGCCACAGCAAACCCCCACACAGCCCGCUGGUUCUCAAAAGAUGCCACGUCUCCACUCAUCAGCACAAUUACGCAGCGCCCCCCUCCACGAGGAAGGACUAUCCUCCAGCUGCCAAGAGGGCCAAGUUGGACAGUGGCAGGGUCCUGAAACAGAUCAGCAACAACCGCAAAUGUGCCAGCCCCAGAUCCUCAGACACAGAGGAGAACGACAAGAGGAGGACACACAACGUCUUGGAACGCCAGAGGAGAAACGAGCUGAAGCGCAGCUUUUUUGCCCUUCGUGACCAGAUCCCGGAGUUGGAAAACAAUGAAAAGGCCCCCAAGGUAGUUAUCCUCAAAAAAGCCACCGCCUACAUCCUGUCCAUCCAAGCCGAAGAACGCAAGCUCAUCUCAGAAAAGGACUUACUGAGGAAGCGGAGAGAACAGUUGAAACACAAACUCGAACAGCUUCGAAACUCUGUUGCGUGAACUGACCUAUGGGGAGGAGGAGCUGGAAUUGCUCCGGAAUCGUCUCUCCUUCCUCAGGGAGAGUAGGGAGAGCGCUUCCUCCUCUUAGAACUGAUGCGCUGGACUUCAAAUGCAUGCUCGCAGCCUAACCUCACAACCUUGGCUGGGGCUUUGGGACUGUAAGCUUCAGCCAUAAUGUUAACUGCCUCAAACUUUAGGCAUAAAAGAACUUUUUUAUGCUUCCCAUCUUUUUUCUUUUCCUUUAGCAGAUUUGUAUUUAAUUGUUUUUAAAAAAGAAAAAAAUCUUAAAGUUUACCCACUUUUCCAAUGUAAAUAGGACCCUUAAAUGUAAAUAACUUUAAUAAAACGUUUAUAACAGUUAUACAAGA